AUGGGGUUUGGGGUUAACCUCUCUAUAAAGCGCCGAAGCCUUUUCUUUUCCCCCGACUUUCUCCCGAGUGCUGCCAAGUACGAGGCCGCCGGCGAGCUCGAACACGUCAAGGGCAUCAUCAAGUGGGGCACCGACUACCUCCUCAAGACCUUCAACUCCUCUGCCGACACCAUCGACAGCAUCGUCGCACAGGUCGGCGAAGGAGACACGUCGAAGGGGCCAGAUGCUAACGACCACUACUGCUGGAUGAGGCCGGAGGACAUCGACUACACUCGGCCGGUGUACGAGUGCCACAGCUGCUCCGACCUCGCCAGCAAAAUGGCGGCGUCGUUGGCUGCUGCUUCGAUCGUGUUUAAGGACAGCAAGACCUACUCCGACAAGCUCGUCCAUGGCGCCAAGACUCUGUUCCAGUACGGAAGGCUACAGAGGGGCAGAUACAGCCCUGGAGGCACUGAUCCCGCCAUCUUCUACAACUCCACCGGUUACUGGGAUGAGUUUCUGUGGGGCGGCUCAUGGCUCUACUUUGCAACUGGAAAUUCCUCCUACCUCCAGCUCGCCACUGCUCCAGCCCUGGCCAAGCAUGCCGGUGCCUUCUGGGGAGGACCGGAUUAUGGAGUCUUCAGCUGGGACAACAAGCUCACUGGAUCUCAGGUUCUUCUCAGCAGACUCAGACUGUUCUUGAGUCCUUGUUAG